AUGUCGUCGAAAUAUGAAGAAAAAGAUUGGAUGAUUGAGUUAGGUGUGCGACCUAAUAAAAUGUCUCCGAUGGAUCCACCUUCAAUUAAUAAUAAUAAUAAUGAAGAUUAUACUCGUCUUUUAUUAUCAAUGUAUGCAAUGACAUUAGGAGAAAAUUUAUUAUCACAUAAUAUAGAUCCUUAUAUUAUUGAACAUAUUGAAAUGGAAAAAGAAUUUAUGGAACAAGAUGAUUUAGCUUUAGUUUGGUCGGAUGAUAUUUCAUUAACAUUAUGUUUUCUAGUAAGUUUAGCUCAUCAUGGAGAUUAUUGUCAAGAUCAUUUAUUAAAAAGAUAUUUUCAAUGGUGGAUGAAUGGUUACAUGUGUCCAGCAGGUCAUUGUUUUACACCACGUGGUCAUCUUAAGAAAUCAAUUCAGUUAUUUCGUGAAACUCAAGCUGCUCAAACAUCAGGUAUUUCAGUUGAUAUGGAUAGAAAAACUAGUAAAUUAAUUGCAACACCUUCAUUAUUACUUCGCUUAUCUCCAAUUGGUUAUUUCUAUUGUAAACAUUCUUAUUCUAAACGUAAUGAAAUAGCAAAAGAUUUAGUUGAAAGAAUGUUUGGAAAGAAAACUUCAACUGAUAUAUUUACUGAAUAUAUUGAAUUACUUGUUAAUUCACUUAAUGGUCUUUCAAAAGAAAAUAUUCUUAAAAAAAUUAAUAUGAAAUUAAAUUCAAAUGAUCUGAUAAAUAAAACAUUUUUUGAUUUAAUUGAUUUAUUAUCAAAUGAUAAUAAUAAUAUUGAACAAGGAAUUAAAUAUGCAUUAGAGAAAAUAUAUUCUUCUAAUAAAGAAUGUAAAUAUCUUAAUCCAUUUGAUUCAAAUGAAACGAUUCUUUUAACACUUUAUUUACAAAUAAGUUCUGCAAUUUAUAAUACAAUACCUGAGAACUUAUUUCAACAAAUUUAUGCAAAAGAAACAAUUGAAUCUUUAGCGAAAUGGAUUAUUUAUGAAAGAAAUCAGAACUUACAUUCAAUUUAA